AUGUCAGAUUCAAUUGAUAUAACAGAUGGAAAUCACAGGACUGCAAAAUUUGUGGCACUUCUAUUUUUUAUUAUUUUCAUAUUUUAUGGUAUUAUAAGUAAUACACUAAUGGCUGCUGUAUUAUUCUGUAAAGAACAAAGCAAACAUUAUAGUCGUGAAUUUAUUCUUAUCACAUCACAACUGAUUAUUUCUGAUUUGACAACUUUUAUUCCACAAAUAGUUGUUGUUUUACCUGAAAUAUUAACUGCUAGAAACAAUUCAUAUGUGAAUGAAACAACGUGGAUUAAUCACUCAUUCUCAACUUUCAAUACUUUUUCACUUUUUUCCGUACUUCAUUUUUCAUUUCUAUUAACACUGAAUCGUUUUGUGGCACUAAUUUUACCAAAAUAUUAUUCGCUUUUCGAGUCAAUAAGGCUAUAUUAUGUGUUCGCUUUUGUAUGGUUAUCAGCUUUAGCAAUUACAUCGGCCGAUUUUUAUUAUUGCACCAGACGAUUUCUUAUAUGGAACUUAAGUUGGGAAGGAAAUUGUGGAAAAUCUGGUGAAAUAGGCGAUAUAUGGUGGAGAAUACGUUAUGUUUGGGCAUUGUGUAUACCUAAUAUAAUGUUUAUUAUGUAUAUCGCAAUAUUUUGCAACAUACGUCAUAAACGUCAUAUUACGAUAAAUAGUAAUAAAAGUGCCAGACGUGAAAGAAAUGCAGUGAAAAUUCGUCAUUAUGAAUGGUCAAUGUUAGUUCAAGCUGCAUGGCAUUGUGGCACAUUGGAAAUUGGCAUGAUUCUUUUUAACUUUUUGCCACCCAUUUUAACUAAAUUUUUCAGUCAGGAAGUUUGUUUAGCAGCAAGAAUUUUCUUAAACUGUUUUGUUUUAUUUAGUUGCGCUCUAUUGCCAACUGUAUAUUUCAGUUACAAUAAGGAAUCGCGUAAUAUCAUAAAAUAUCAUUUAUAUAAUUGGUUACAAUUUAGAAUUGGACGGUUAAGAAAUAUAGUCAGUAAAGAAAAGACGACAUUUGCGCCUGUAACGAUACUUUUAGAUGAAGUGACCCGGUCAACAUGUUUCUGGACAGAGUUAAGAUCAAGCUAA